GGAGCAAGCGGCGCGCAGUUGGGGGAUGGUCCGGUGGCCAGUGUCGCCUCCCGGCCAAUUCGCGACUAACCGCGAACAGGGUUUUUCCGGCCUAGGUGCCAGGCGGCCCUGAGGACACCCCUGAAGCUCAGGCUGCUGCGUUUGCUGCUUUGGGACCAGUGCCUGGUGCUUUGCUUGCUGGUCGAAACUUCCCUACUGAUUUUGUCGUUUGUCGUUUGACAAGCCACCGCCCCCUCCAGACAGAAGGUAGAAGCAAACUAGGCCAACCAUACCAGGGGCAAAAGAACCGCCCCGCCCCCCUCGCAGUUUAAACAAAACUUCCGAGCGUUUUGCAGAGAACCUUGAAGAGGAGGGCCAAGGUGCCGGUGGUGGAACGUCCAGCCCACUGCCUCUUGCGGGGGUGUCUUAGCCCGACGGGGCCAGGAACCUCGUAGCAAACAUGAUGAUGACCUCACUUAACCGUAGAUGAGGAACGUGUGCUCAUCCUUUGCUACAGGCCCCAGGCAAUACGAUGGAACAGUCUAUGAAUUUCGUACCUAUUAUCUUAAGCCCUCAAAGAUGAAUGAGUUCCUGGAAAAUACUAAGAAAAACAUUCAUCUUCGGACAGCUCAUUCUGAAUUGGUUGGAUACUGGAGUGUAGAAUUUGGAGGCAGAAUGAAUAAAGUGUUUCAUAUUUGGAAGUAUGAUAAUUUUGCUCAUCGGACUCAAGUUCGGAAAGCAUUGGCCAAAGAUAAGGAAUGGCAAGAACAAUAUCUCAUUCCCAAUUUGGCUCUUAUUGAUAUACAAGAGAGUGAGAUUACUUAUCUGGUGCCAUGGUGCAAACUAGAAAAACCUCCAAAAGAAGGGAUCUAUGAACUAGCUACUUUUCAGAUGAAACCUGGUGGGCCAGCUCUAUGGGGUGACUCAUUUAAAAGGGCAGUUCAUGCUCACAUCAACCGAGGCUACACAAAACUAGUUGGAGUGUUCCAUGCAGAAUAUGGAGUGCUCAACAGAGUUCACGUUCUUUGGUGGAACGAGAGUGCAGACAGUCGUGCAGCUGGGCGACAUCAGUCUCAUGAGGAUCCCAGGGUUGUGGCAGCUGUUCGGGAAAGCGUUAACUUCCUUGAGUCUCAGCAGAAUAUGCUUCUGAUUCCUAUGUCAUUUUCGCCACUGAAAUAGUUUUCCAUUGAAAUACAAAGCAUUUCACUAACUGUUAUAGAUGUGCCUGCUAUGGUGCUUAAAUUCUCCCAAGAGAUUCACAUUUUUAUUUGAAGGAGAUGGUAAGUUAAUUUGCUAUGUCCUUGCAUUUUUAAAAUCUGCCUCUGCCCAUUGUCACUACCAUGAGGAAAUAGUUCUGUUCAUUUUCCCUUUGGCAUUUUAGUAUCUGUCAUACAUUAAAAAUUCUUGUCAUUCCUACAAGAUCUUGAUUUUUCAUUAUUUCAGAGUAUCUCUUGUACUCUGUUUUGACAACCCUCUGCUUUUAUAGAAUUUCCUUAUGUUGAAGUGACUAUGUCACAUUUCCAUGCCUAUAAUAAUAUUUUUUAACUAUAUACAUUGGCAACCUUCUCAUGUCUAUUUUUCUGAAAUUUUAAAAGUUUUUGUCCAGUAAAAUUUAUUUUGUAAUACUGAAUGGGAUUCAUAAAAAUAUUAAACAUGUUUAUUAUGGAAAAGUACAGUAUCAUCUGUAUCAUCUCUAUUAAUUCUGGUUUUUACAUUAAUAAUUACUUAUGUGGAAAAUAAUGUUAUUAGAUCCUCAUAUUAAAAACUGUUGAAGACUCCUUGGUUUAUAUGCUGAAAUAUCUUCAUUUACAAUUUAUUUUACUAUUACUUCACUUUGGAUUACUAUUUAACAAAGGUACCUAGAACAAUCUAUCUGUGAUAAUGAGAUAUUUAUGGUUAUGAAAAUGUUUGCCCUAAUAAAAGCCUUCAAAUACA